AGUUUGACGCGCGGAGCGCCCCGCAUGCCGCGCCCGAGCCUGCGGCGGCGGCGGCCCCUGCUGGGGGGGCGGCCGCGGCCCGCCUCGCUCCGCGAUGCACAUCGCCGAGAAGGCGGCGGUGUUCACCAAGGAAGUGGCGGCUUCGGUCCUCUCGGGCAGCCAGCAGGACCUCGUGGUGUACAUAUCCAACGGCACCGACCAGGCGCUGCUCUGGCCCGACACGGCCCGCCCUGGCGUCAGCAGUUCCUUCCACGAGCUCGCGCCUGGCAGCGUGGGCUUCCUGACCUUCUCGGGCAUAUCCGGGAGGAGGGCGGGCGCAGAGGUCAGGGUCGGCAGCCUCGAGGGGGAGCAGAUCGUGGUGCUCGUGCGCAACCCUUGCGCGAAGGCCGCGCCCAGCGCCAGACUGUGCAUGGCGAGGGACCCGAGAGAGUUCGCGGUCUUGCAGAAGAGCAAGACGGUGGAGCCCCUCGCGAACGGUAACAGCCCCGUUUCACCGCGCCCGUCCGACGCGGGUAAGCCCCACACGACCCUGGGCCCGAGCCACUUCGUCUCGCAGGACACCAUCGGGAGCGCCGUGGAUGCUCCGUGCACGCCGCAGCCAACGCUCAGGACCCCGACCUCCAGGUCUCAGGCAGUGCGAGCAGGUUCUUGGGCUCCUCCGUGUACCUCCGCCAGGACAGCGGCGUCGGCAUGGGCACCGAGACCGGGCGCGUGCACUCAGUGACAGCGGAAGGCUGCUCGUACGCCGCGGCGUUGCUGACGGGGAACGUGCAGCAGGCCACGACGGGCAGGGAGCUGCACGUGGCCGUGGGCAGCAGCAUCGACCUCGUGCCCACCGCCCGCCAGGAGGCCCUGCGCGGCCCCUUCGGCUUCGAGCUGCUCGGCUCGCAGCAGCUGCUUGGCUUCGCGGCGUGGUGCCGUGCGCACCGAUCUGCCGGCUUGGCCGCCGCCCUCUUCCUGGCGGAGUGCGCCGCAGUACUAGCUGGGCUAGGCUCGCUGGAGCUCAAGGACAGGGCUUUCACGAUGGAUCUGCUGAUCGCCGCGUUCGUGAGCAGCGGCGUGCUGUUCGGGGAGGGGUCCGUGGCAAAGGCCAAACUAGAGGCUCACCUCUCGGCCUGGCGGGACGCGGGCGGCUCGGCCCUCUCGAGGGCGAUCUCGCCCAGCGUCGACUACGCCGAGUACUGCAGGAUAGCCGGCUCCACCGGCGGCCUGGCGGAUACUCGGCCAAUUGCAUGGCGCUGCUGAAGACCGCAGCGCUGCAGUGCGCGCUGACGCUGUGCGGCUCGCUGCAGCAGUGGGACGAGGGCGGCCAGCCCGCGAGCGAGGUGGCGGUCGACGUGGCGGUCGACCUGGCCGACAGCGACAAGGCCGAGGAGGUCGCCAUUGAUUCCUUGACGAACAUGAGCUUGAUGCUCGAGCACCUGUCGCGGACGCGCACGGGCACGGACGGCACCCGCCGCUCCAUCGCGAUGGUUGCCACGGUCAGGGAGUGCAUACAGAGGUCGGCCGCGCACUCCGUGCAGCUGCGAGGCCUCUUCGAGGACCUGUGCGAGACUCUGCCGCCGGGAGGCUCCCGGGAGGCGCUAGUGCGAUACCGCCAGCACGGGGCCUCCAGCGUGUACACUCUCACUGCCGGGAGUGGAUCCAGAAGGUUCUCGGGCACGAGCUUUAGGAGACGCUCGUCGUUGUGCCGUUGCAGGAGAAGGGCGGUCAGUCCAGAGGACGGUUUCGAGAUCGUGUGCGAGAGCAUCGGUGCUGAGCUGUUCGCACACAUAGACCCUUGUGUGGCCACAGGUCCUGAGCAGCUCGAGCAGUCCCUGGGCUGCAAGUCGAAGCCCUACAAGACCAUGGCCACGAACUCAAAGUCAGGAGAGUUCUUUUAUUUUUCCGGGGACAGAAGGUUCCUCAUCAAGACGAUAACAGCCCAGGAAGGGCUCUUGCUACAUCGCAUGCUGCCUGGCUACCAGGCCCACCUGCGCGGCAAGACCCGAUCCCUGAUCGUGCGGUACGCGGGCCUCUACAGGGUGCACCUCCCCGAGGUCGGGUGGCAGUAUUUUUCUAUUAUGGCUUCCGUCUUCGACCCCGAGUUUCCAAUCUUCCAGACUUACGAUCUGAAGGGCUCUCUACAUGGCCGCAGGCGGAAGGGGCGCGAGAGCGUGAGCAAGGACAGCGACUGGAUCGGCGCCGGCGAGCCCAUGCUGGUCACCCCCGCGGUGAGGUCCGAGCUGCUGGCGGCCCAUGAGAGGGACGUUCGUUUCUUGAUGUCUUUCGGCGUGAUGGACUACUCCCUGCUGGUGGGAAUCCACGACCCCGACGAGCCUGGAACGGGGACAACGUCGACCACGACCAGCAGCUACCUCAGACCAGGGACGGCCUCGGGCCGAUCCUCGGCCUCGGGCCGGUCCUCGACGGCCGCACGCAGCGGCUGGAUCGACGACCAGAUCGCUGGCAUCAGGGCGGACGGGUCCAAGAGGGUGUACUUCGUGGGCAUCAUCGAUUUCCUCAUCUGGUACGGGAUCCGGAAGAUGGGGGAGAACUUGGGCCGCACUCUGUCUGGCCACGGGGAGGACGCCUCGUGCGUGGACCCCCUGAGCUACGCCAGGCGGCAGGCGCAGUUCGUGAGGGAUCGCGUGGUGCCCAAGCCCUCGGCAGGGGACCUGCUUGGCACGGUGGGGACGCUGCAGGUGACCUUCACGGAGGCGCGGAACUUGUUCAACGCGGACUUUUGGAGCGAGUCGGACCCUUACGGCGUCGUUGAGCUCGGCCUCCAGAGAAAAAGAACCAGGACCAUCAUGAACGACAACGACCCAAAGUGGAACGAGGUCUUGCAGGUGGCCGUCAACGAGGAGCACUUGGCCCUCGACGUCGAGCUGUCCGUCUGGGACCACGACGACCACACGGUCCAGGGCAGCGACGAUUUCUUAGGCAGAGUGGCGAUACCCUUGCGCCGCGUCGUGCAGGCGGGGCAUGCCCUGGACGUCCUCGAGCCGCUGCAGGGCAGGGGGAGGGGGCAGCUGCUGGUGAGGCUUGAGCUCCUAACGAGCCGGCCCUGGGACGGCGCCUCGCUGGGCAGCCCCGAGCCAGGCUCGGGCGCCCUGGAGGUGCCCCACGCCGAUGCCUCGACUCGCGAGGGGGCGCCCGAGGAGGCCGUCGUGGAGGUGUGACGGCGCACAGGAGGGCGAAGGAGAAGAAGCGGCAGGAAGAGACCCCCACCUUGGCGUCCACACAGCGGCGCGCAGGGGCGAACCUCCCUCACGCAUGCGCUUUCAGUGUAGCCACAUUCUUCCUCGCGCAUGUCUCACCCAGGAGUUAACGCAUGCUCCCUCCAGUUUCGGAUCAGCUCCUUACGGCCGGGAACUUUUUGAUAGCAUCAAAAGGCUCUGACCGCAUUGUUGGCCUUCUGUGUUCGCUGCGCCCCGUUGCGGUGUCUGCCCCCUUUUGCUCACAUGCCACGGCUAAGGUCCGAGGCACUCGGGGGCCCCGCGAGGAAGGCAGGAGCUGUGGGACGAAGGGCGUGCGAGUACGGCCGCCUUGAGAUGAGACGUGCUGCCGUUCUUGACCGUAUCGGAUAUUUGGGUUUGCCGUUCUUGCGAUAUUUUAUCCUUUGGCGAACAAGCCAGCCUCAGCGUGUAUGCGCAGUGUAUCUGCAUACGUAGGUGACCGAAUCGCGCCCUUGUAGGGGAACCGGUUUGCGAGUAAGUCGGGCAGGUGGUUGCUGGCUCGACGAAGGCAUUGAUCGAAAAGGGGG